UACAGACACUCCGGCCUGUUCAGAAGCAGCUGAGACACUUUCCACGACGUUGUCGCUCAUCAUAUAAAGAUAUCUAUCGCCAGAGACCAUGAACACUUUACUCAGAGCCACUGCGAGUUGUCUGCGGAGCGGCGCUGCGGUCCAACUGCCCCGACACACCGACGGGCGCGUGCGGUCGGCCCGGUUCCUGUGCGCCGCGGCGGACUACCAGAAAGAACUUGGAGAGAUGGUGAAGAAGGACAAAGUGGUGGUGUUCAUGAAGGGGACGCCGGCGCAGCCCAUGUGCGGCUUCAGCAACGCCGUGGUCCAGAUCCUCCGCAUGCACGGGGUGGACGACUACGCCGCGUACAACGUGCUGGAGGACUCCGAGCUCAGGGAAGGAGUCAAGCUCUUCUCCAACUGGCCCACGAUCCCUCAGCUGUACCUCAGCGGUGAGUUCGUGGGCGGCUGCGACAUCCUGCUCCAGAUGCACCAGAACGGGGACCUGGUGGAGGAGCUGAAGAAGCUGGGCAUCAGCUCCACGCUGCUGACGGCGGAGGAGGAGUCCAAGUAGAGGAGAGGGGGAGGGGGGGACGCUGGAGAGAGAGGCAGAGGACACUUCUUUUUUAACCCCCCCCCCCUCGGAUGAUCCCAGUCAGACCGACUCUCUUUUGGCGGCCGUGGGUUAAGUCCACUCUCCACACACCCCUCUGGGCCACUAAGGCGCAACAAGAUAAAAAAAUGACAUGCUUCUUCAGUUCUGGACAUUUUGGUUCUCAAUGGGAACUCAUCGUGUGCCUCCCCGGUGAGGACGGCCUCUUCACCGGGAUCCCAAAUCAGUCGUUCAUAACCCCUCGCCCACACUAGUAAAGCUUCAUCCAUUGACAGAUUUUGAUAUAGCAACACUGGCGUUCAGGUGGCGUCGUGCUCCUGGACCCCCGACGAAUCAAGAGGUCAUCUUUCUGCCGCUGACGAAAACAAACAAGAUCUGUAAAGUUUGGGUCCAGAAACUGAGACCAAUACAUCCCAUAGAGACCAAUACAUCCCAUAAAGACCAAUACAUCCCAUAGAGACCAAUACAUCCCAUAGAGACCAAUACAUCCCAUAAAGACCAAUAGAAACCAAUACAUCCCAUAAAGACCAAUACAUCCCAUAGAGACCAACACAUCCCAUAGAGACCAAUACAUCCCAUAGAGACCAAUACAUCCCAUAGACCAAUACAUCCCAUAAAGACCAAUACAUCCCAUAGAGACCAAUACAUCCCAUAGAGACCAAUACAUCCCAUAGAGACCAAUACAUCCCAUAAAGACCAAUACAUCCCAUAGAGACCAAUACAUCUCAUAGAGACCAAUACAUCCCAUAGAGACCAAUACAUCCCAUAGAGACCAAUACAUCCCAUAGAGACCAAUACAUCCCAUAAAGACCAAUAGAGACCAAUACAUCCCAUGGAGACCAAUAGAGACCAAUACAUGACUGAGUUUUUCACUACUUUGUUAUUUCUAACUAUAGCAGCUUUAAUAUUUCCAUCAACACAUGGAGGAGACACUAGUUCCUAGUUUUUAAUGUGAUCUUAUCAGGAUUCACCACAUUCUAUAAAACCCUUAAAAUAAGUGUUGGAGGCAGGACACAGACCUGCAGACUAACCCCUCUGGGGAGGGUCCGGUUCCCCCUGUGCUGUGAAUGAGGUCAUCCAUCAGGCCCAGGGGGCACCGAGACCAGGUCUAGAUCUUUGUGUAGAUCCCUGUGAUGUCAUCAGACGACACACCUCCCAGGUGAACCGUGCCUGUCGGCAGUAGAACAGAAAGAGGGCAGCACUGAUGUCGGUCCAUUGGGGGUUCACAGAGCUGCUGUGGGGUCAUAAUUAUAUGAAUAUGUUGUUUAAUAUCUGGCAAAGUGCAUCUUUUAUGCAUUAGCCUUUGUUUGGUGGAGACUGCAGACAGACCCACCUCCGGCCUGUUUUAACGUCUACGCCACGGGACCCUCCUCUUCCUCCUGAAUACCACGUUCAGUACAUUUGGACAAAUGGAAAGAGCUCUGAGUCGGUGGUAUUUGUUAAUUUAUCACCGAAGGACAGGAGGGUCUUGUUUAAUGUGUGUGUGUGGGGGGUGCCCUCCUGCUGUGUCACCAGAGCAAUGGUCAUGUAGUACACUGUAAGAUAUUGUACAUUGAGAGCACAUUGUUAAAUAUAUUUGAGCUGCAUGUAAACUCUGCACCGAUUAAAUAUUUUGACAAAUACCAAA